GUGCAACUUGGGGCUAUAAUUCUUGUUUUAGCUACGUUUAUUAAAAAUAUUUAUUUUGUUUUCACAGAAAAUUGAAAAUCUCAAAGAAACAACUAAUAGUAUGGUAGAAUCAAUAAAACAUUGCAUUGUGUUGCUGCAGAUUGCUAAAGACCAAAGUAAUGAGGAGAAGCACGCAGAUGGACUUAUAAGUACUAUUAACCCUGUUGAUGCAGUAUAUCAGCCUAGUCCUUUGGAACCUACAGUGAUCACUACAAUGCCCACCCAGACUGUCUUACCUCCAGAGCCUGCUCAGUCGUUGAAAUCAGAGCAGCGACCUUCGUCCUUGGCAGUUGGGCCUGUAGUAACAUCACUAGGAAACCAUCAGAUUCCAACACCAAAUAGUACAGGAAGUGGGCAGUCGGCACCCAGCAGCAGUUUAACCUCUCCGAGCCACGUCAAUCUGUCUCCAAAUACAGUUCCAGAUUUUUCUUACUCCAGCAGUGAAGAUGAGUUCUAUGAUGCUGAUGAGUUCUAUCAGAACAGUUCUUCCCCAAAGCGAUGCAUCGACUCCUCAGGAUCUGCAGCAGUCCUGUCUCGCAGCAGCACAGGAAGUAGUUUGAAACGCCCAGACACCACAGAAUCCCUUAAUUCUUCCAUGUCUAAUGGGACAAAUGAUGCUGAUCUCUUUGAUCCUCUUGAUGAUAGAGAUGAUGAUGGUGAAGGAGAGUCAGUAGAAGAACAUAAGAGUGUUAUUAUGCAUCUUUUAUCACAGGUUAGACUAGGAAUGGAUCUAACAAAGGUGGUUCUCCCAACUUUUAUUCUGGAAAGAAGAUCACUUUUGGAAAUGUAUGCUGACUUUUUUGCACAUCCGGACUUAUUUGUGAGUAUUAGUGACCAAAAGGAUCCAAAGGACCGAAUGGUUCAAGUGGUUAGAUGGUACCUCUCAGCUUUUCAUGCGGGAAGGAAAGGAUCUGUUGCAAAAAAGCCUUACAAUCCCAUUUUGGGCGAGAUCUUCCGGUGUCAUUGGAUAUUACCAAAUGCUGAAAAUGAAGAUAAUAUGGAGCCUGUUUCAGAGGGACCAGUUCCUUGGGUUACCAAAAACAGUGUAACGUUUGUAGCAGAGCAGGUCUCUCAUCACCCUCCAAUUUCAGCGUUUUAUGCCGAGUGUUUUAGCAAGAGAAUACAAUUCAAUGCUCACAUCUGGACCAAGUCAAAAUUCUUAGGAAUGUCUAUUGGUGUUCAUAAUAUAGGGCAAGGUUGUGUGACAUGCCUAGAUUAUGAUGAGCACUAUAUUUUGACUUUCCCCAAUGGUUAUGGAAGAUCUAUUCUCACAGUGCCAUGGAUAGAACUGGGUGGAGAAUGCAGUAUUAGUUGCUCAAAAACAGGCUACAAUGCUAGUAUUAUCUUCCACACAAAACCUUUCUAUGGAGGAAAGAAACACAGAAUUACAGCUGAAAUUUUUUCUCCUAAUGACAAGAAAUCCUUCUGCUCAAUUGAAGGUGAAUGGAAUGGUGUCAUGUAUGCAAAAUAUGCAACAGGGGAGAGUGUAGUCUUUAUAGAUACCAAGAAAAUGCCUACAAUUAAGAAGAAGGUGAAGAAACUGGAAGACCAAGAGGAAUAUGAAUCACGCUGCCUAUGGAAAGAUGUAACUUACAACUUAAAAAUCAGAGACAUUGAUGCAGCCACAGAUGCAAAGCACAGACUGGAAGAAAGACAAAGAGCUGAAGCGAGAGCCAGAAAGGAGAAAGAGACAUCAUGGGAAACAAGGUUAUUCCACGAAGAUGGAGAAUGUUGGGUUUAUGAUGAACCACUAUUGAAACGACUUGCUGCCACUAAACAUUAAGUGGUUAUAAAAACCUAAAACAUUCAGGUCUUGGCUUAGUGAAUUUUAUGACUAUCAAGUACUUAUUUUGGAGAUCCUGUCCCCUCCAGUUACAGUGGUUCCUAUCUCAGGGAUACUGGAUUUAAUAAUGCAGAUGAACAAUUAAAGCAGGAAAUGUCUUAACUAUUUGACAGUCACAUAGUAGCUUUGGACUUUAUUCAGAUUGUGUAUUCAAACAAGCUUCAGAAGCAUCAAUGAAACCUGGGCCUAAGUCAUGGGAAGCAUACACUUGGUAUAACCACUGUAAAAGGACAUAGUUGGUGUCUGUUGCAUAAUAUUCUGGGGGUCUAUAUAUAUAUAUAUAAAAACACAAGACUUCACUUAAUUAAAUCCAGUUAACAUUUUUGUGUAAAUGAGGAUUCCUUUGGACAGUUUAUUAGAAAACUACAUAAAUGUUCUGUUACCUGUAUGAUAAAAAUCAAACCUUUUGGCAUUUGACUGACCCAAAAUAAUUUUUAUUUUAGAAAUUAAAAUGUAACCAGACUACAAUUGAAAUACUCAGUGUAUCUUAAAGCUUCAUAAAAUAGAUUUUUCAAACUUC